AUGCCUUUGACCGAUGGGUUCCAGAUUACUGUUGCUAUAGUCGGCCUUGUUUUCGCCUAUAAAUAUAUCCAAUGGCUAAAUAACCCUCUCCGGCGGUUUCCUGGACCGUGGACUACAUCUUUCAGCAAUGCGCUGUACUCGUGGAAUUUCAUGCGAGGCCGACAGCCUUAUCGCCAACUGGAGCUGCACGAAAAAUACGGCCCUGUCGUCCGAGUUUCCCCCAAUGAGCUGAGUUUCAGCAGUGCCAGCUCCUGGCGCGACAUAUAUGGCGUUCGCAAGAACGUCGAGCCCUUCAUCAAGGGUGAAUUCUAUGACGGCGGCAACUUCGCUUCCGAAGCAUUGUCUAUAGUCAGCGCGCGAGACCCCAAAUCGCACGCCGAAAUGCGCAAGGACCUAGCCAGCGCAUUUUCCGAUCGCUCGCUCAAGGCCCAGGAGCCUCUGAUUGCCGAGUCGGUCGAUCGGUUCGUCGAGAAGAUCGGAGAGGCGGGGAAUAGUCCACAAGGCACCGAUAUGGUAAUGUGGUACAACCUGACCACCUUCGAUAUCAUCGGCAGUCUGGCGUUUGGGCAGGACUUUGGCGGCGUCGAGUCUGGCACUGAGCACUUUUGGGUGUCCAUUGUGACGAAGAGUCUGCGCCUGGGAGCGAUGGCGGAUUGCUUUCGUCGAUUCCCGACUGCAGGGACAGUGUUUCAAUGGUUAUUUUCGGGCUUGAUUGAGAAGAUGAUGGAAGAGAAUCGACGGCAUCGGAAGUACACCAUGGACCUGGUGCAAAAACGCCUUGCGAGUCAGAGCACACGGAAAGACUUUCUGACCAAGAUUAUCGAGGGACGUGAAGAAACCGGGAUCUCAGCUGUGCAGCUUGCAGCGCAUUCAUCAGACUUUGUCAUUGCCGGCAGCGAGACCACCGCCACGACAGUGUCCUGCAUGACCUACUACCUCCUGCGCAAACCAGAUAUCAUGAAUCGUCUCCAAACCGAAAUCCGGACCGCGUUUACUCGAUAUGAGGAGAUCGACGCGGCAAGCACCACUUCCCUUCCAUAUCUGCGCGCGGUAGCUCAAGAAGCUAUGCGUGUCUACCCUCCACUGCCGCUUGCGUUACCGCGAGUGGUCCCAGCCGGCGGGACCACGGUGGACGGCCAUUAUGUCCCUGGGGGUACUGUUGUAUCUACGAGUCCAUUCGCCAGCAGUAUGUCGUCGGCCAACUUCAAAGAUCCAUGGGAUUUCAAGCCAGAGCGAUGGCUAGGGAAGAAUGCGAGCGACGAUCUCGAGGCCAGUCAGCCGUUCUCGCUGGGCCCGCGAUCGUGCAUGGGUCGAAGUCUCGGGUGGAUGGAAGUGCAGACGAUCAUGGCUAAGGUGUUGUUUCGAUAUGAUUUGGAAUUGGUAGAUCCGGACGUCGACUGGCAUCGGGAUUCGCAGAUGCAUACAUUAUGGGAGAAGCCUCGCUUGAUGGUGCGAGUGUCGCCUCGACAGGAGUAA